GAGAGAAGCCGACUCUUGUUUACAGCAGAGAUUCCACGGAGGAUCGGGAGACCCACAGCCUGCGUUUACCGAGGGGCGAACCGUAGGAUUUCAGCCUCUGGAUAUAAAGGCCUACACGCGAAGGGAGUUUUGUUCUCUCAUUUGUUUUUACGAGCAUAAAGGCAAAACAAGAAAACACUCGUAAAGGGCAUAUAUUCUCCCUCCCACCCCAGCCGAGGUCGUCUAGCUGGAGACCGAUUCUCUUGCGUGGCACAAGUCUGGUGUUUUCUUUCAGCUGAAAAUCUCGACUGACGGCAGAGAUAAAGUCCGACCCGAGGAGCUGGAAAUUUUGUUUAAAAAACGACUUCUCACUGCUCACUGCCAGGACAGCUUGCUGGGGAUCGAGAUACUGUGCUGGUUGAAUGGCAUAGGCAAAAAAGAUUUUUCAUUCAUUUUUCAACCUCCCAGCCACCACCCCUGUGGAUCUGGACGUGUUUUCGGCCCCACUCCUCCUCUCAAACACAGUCUUUCACACGUGGAUUCUUGCGAGCAACACUGGCGUUAAUUUAUUAUGGUGGCAGAGGCUAGGCCUACUAACAAUAACCUUUAGUCUAGUAUUUUUUAAUUGUUAUUACCAGGCCUGUACGCGCGCUGCUGUUUUCAAGAGAUGGAGACUGAAGAUGGGGAUUACCAUCAUUUAUCCAGUAAAAUCACUGGCUCGUGUGCCAUACCAGCCGACGUCAAAGUAUCCUGUGAUUGGCAAAAAUAGCAGACUGUUUUAGUAAUUUUUUUUUACUCUUCAAAGGAAUUCCCUGUUAUUGACAAUUUAUACACAUUUAUUUAUAUAUGAAGCAUAUUUUAGAGCAAAUCGUGGUAGACAAGCAAACCAAGCAUUUGCAGGCUACCAUAGAAUAGCCUUUUUGGGCUACAGACAUUUAUUUUCCCUUUUUCUUUACAGAUAAAGGUUGGUUUUUUUUUUUAGAAGCUGGUGUAUUUUAUUAAAAAUCCUUCCUGCCUUUUUGUUGUUUUUUUCUUUUGAGAGGUGAAUGUUGUUAAGGAACAUGGGAUCUGACACACCGAUGUGUAGCCCGACCUUGUUUUGGGGUCUGAUGCUGUCAGUCUCCACUAUCUGCAUCUGGUCCACAUAUGGAGAAAUCUGUGGUCCGAGUAUCGACAUCCGAAAUGAGAUCAGUGAGUUCAAGCGGCUGGAGAACUGUACGGUGGUGGAGGGCUACUUGCAGAUCCUCCUCAUCAACGACAAGACCAACAACAUCCACCAGGAGGCCUUCCGCACCCUGAGCUUCCCAAAGCUGACGGUCAUCACUGACUACCUGCUGCUGUUUCGCGUCUCGGGCCUGGACAGCCUCAGCAUUCUCUUCCCCAACCUGAAUGUCAUUCGGGGGCGCAAACUCUUCUACAACUACGCCUUGGUGAUCUACGAAAUGACCAGCCUGAAGGACAUCGGCCUGUACAACCUGAGGAACAUCACCCGGGGAGCCAUGCGGAUUGAAAAGAACCCUGAGCUCUGUUACCUGGACUCAGUGGACUGGUCUCUUAUUAUGGAUGGUGAAUUCAACAACAUUAUCAAUGGGAAUAAGAAGGCAAAGGAAUGUGACAAUGUGUGCCCUGGCAUCAUGGAGGAUAACCCUCUUUGUCAGAGGACGUCGUUCAGUGACAACUACAUAGAUCGCUGUUGGACCUCCAACAAGUGCCAGAAAGUUUGCCCAGAACACUGCAAGCUUGCCUGCACAGACAUGGGGGAGUGUUGCCACAGCCAGUGCCUGGGCAGCUGUUCUGAACCCAACAACGACAUGGCCUGCUAUGCCUGCCUCCACUACAACCACGAAGAUCGCUGUGUGCCAGACUGUCCCCCAGGCACUUACAAGUUUGAGGGCUGGCGCUGCAUCAACAUGGACCUGUGCUCUCAAGUGCACCUGCCCGGUGACACUCACUUUGUCAUCCACGGGGGAGAAUGUAUGCCCGACUGCCCCUCUGGCUUCACACGCAAUGAGACUAAUCGUAUGUUAUGCAAGGCCUGCGAUGGACCGUGCGAUAAGCCCUGCUUAUCCCCUGUCAUCGACUCUGUGGAUGCUGCUCAGACCCUGAAGGACUGCACCGUCAUCGAAGGCAAUCUGGACAUCAACAUCCGCCGUGGAAAUAACAUAGCGUCUGAGUUGGAGAACUUCAUGGGAUUGAUCCAGACAGUGACGGGCUAUGUGAAGAUUCGACACUCCCACGCACUUGGCUCGCUGUCCUUCCUCAAGAGCCUGCGUUACAUCAAUGGGCAGGAGCUCAUCGACAACAUGUAUUCGUUCUCCGCCAUCAACAACCAGCACCUGCAGUAUCUGUGGGACUGGAGUCAGCACAACCUGACUAUUCGGGCUGGACGUCUCUUCUUCCGUCUGAACCCCAAACUCUGCAUGUCCGAGAUCCACAAGAUGUGGGAAAAAACGGGCAGAAAUGGGAAGCUGGAGCAGGAUGACUUCCGUAACAAUGGUGAAAGAGCCAGCUGUGAAAGUCAUAUCUUGAAGUUCAAGUCUAACAUCACAACAAGUCAUACGAUCAGGCUGGCAUGGGAGCGCUACCGGCCGCUGGACUACGGAGACCUUAUCAGCUUCAUAGUCUACUACAAGGAGUCCCCUUUCCAGAACAUCACAGAGUUUGAUGGCCAGGAUGGCUGUGGCUCAAACAGCUGGCACUUGGUGGAUGUGGAUUUCCCUCAGGAUAAAAACACUGACCCAAAAAUCAUUCUUCAACACCUCAAGCCCUGGACCCAGUAUGCUAUUUUUGUGAAGGCCAUUACCCUGCAAGUGGAGGACAAACACAUUUCUGGGGCAAAGAGUGAUAUAAUUUACAUUCGCACACGCCCAUCGCUGCCGUCUAUACCCAAAGAACCCCGUGCAUAUGCAAACUCCUCAACCAAGCUGAUGGUGAAGUGGUUACCUCCAGUCUUUCCCAACGGCAACCUGACCUACUACUUGGUCCGCUGGCAGCAGCAGCCUGAGGACAGGGAGCUCUACCAACAUAACUACUGCUCCAAAGAGCUGAAGAUCCCGAUUCGUAUCCCAGCCACAGGUCUCACAGACAUGGAAGAGAACACCAAGCCCACCAAGUCAGACCUGGCAGGGGCAGAGAAGAACCAAUGCUGUGCUUGCCAGAAGACGCCCGAGGAGAAGGACCGGGAGAAGGAUGACCGCGUCUUUUUCAAACGCUUCGAGAACUUCCUUCACAAUGCCAUCUUUCUGCCAAGACCUCCAGAUCGUAGACGUAGAGAUGUUUUUGGAGUGGCUAACAACACACUGUUCCCUGACGGUGUUGGUAGAGGGAACACCACCCUUGGCCUGGGGGAUAACAGUACAGAUGGCAUUCCUUAUACAAAUGACACCUUCUCGCAGGAAAAGAGCACAGCAGAAUCUUUAGAGAUCCCCAACCUGGAGCCAUUCACUGUCUACCGUAUUGACAUCCAUGCCUGCAAUGAGGAGGUGGGGCGCUGCAGCGCUGGAGCCUUUGUCUUCUCCAGGACCAAACCUGCAGACAAAGCAGAUGACAUCCCUGGAAAGGUGAUCUGUGAGAGGAGUGACAAAGUUGAGGGUUGUGUGGUGCUGCGCUGGCCAGAGCCCAUCAGGCCCAACGGACUCAUCCUGAUGUAUGAGAUCAAGUUCCGUCUGGGGAAUGAGCCUGAGAAGCACGAGUGUGUGUCGCGGCAGCAUUACCGCGAGCAGAGAGGAGCUCGGCUGACCAACCUGGGCUCAGGGAACUACUCUGUUCGUGUGCGCGCCACUUCACUAGCGGGGAACGGCUCCUGGACGGAGAGUGUGUCCUUCUACGUGCUUCCACCCAAACGGGAAGAUGGUGUAACGUUGUACUUGGUCAUCAUAAUUCCCAUCAUAGUGACACUUUUCAUUGCCAGCCUCGCCACAAUUCUCUUCUUUGUGAACAAAAAGAGGAAUAGCGAUAGAUUGGGGAAUGGAGUCCUUUAUGCGUCUGUCAACCCGGAGUACUUCAGCGCUGCUGAGAUGUAUGUCCCGGAUGAGUGGGAGGUGGCCAGGGAGAAGAUCACGAUGCACAAGGAGCUGGGCCAGGGCUCCUUUGGCAUGGUGUAUGAAGGCAUCGCCAAGGGAGUGGUCAAGGACGAACCUGAGACACGAGUGGCCAUCAAGACAGUCAAUGAGUCAGCCAGCAUGAGGGAGCGCAUUGAGUUUUUGAACGAAGCCUCUGUCAUGAAGGAGUUCAACUGUCACCAUGUGGUGCGGCUGCUGGGCGUGGUCUCUCAGGGUCAGCCAACCUUGGUGAUAAUGGAGCUGAUGACCCGUGGAGAUCUCAAGAGCCACCUGCGCUCGUUGCGCAAAGAAAUCUCCACCAGCCAGGUCCUACCCCCGCUCAAAAAGAUGAUCCAGAUGGCAGGGGAAAUUGCUGACGGCAUGUCGUACCUAAAUGCCAACAAAUUUGUCCACAGAGAUCUGGCUGCCAGGAACUGCAUGGUAGCUGAGGACUUCACUGUGAAGAUUGGAGAUUUUGGCAUGACCAGAGAUAUUUACGAAACGGAUUACUAUCGAAAAGGAGGGAAGGGCCUACUGCCUGUCCGCUGGAUGUCGCCGGAGUCGCUGAAAGAUGGCGUGUUCACUACAAUGUCUGAUGUCUGGUCAUUUGGUGUCGUGUUGUGGGAGAUCGCCACCUUAGCGGAGCAGCCUUACCAGGGCAUGUCCAAUGAACAAGUUCUGCGCUUUGUCAUGGAGGGAGGACUCUUGGACAAACCUGACAACUGCCCUGACAUGCUGUUUGAGCUGAUGAGGAUGUGCUGGCAGUAUAACCCCAAGAUGCGUCCGUCCUUCCUGGAGAUCAUCAGCAGCAUCAAGGACGAACUGGAUCCUCCCUUCAGGGAAAUGAGCUUCUUCUACAGUGAGGAGAACAAGCCGCCGGACACUGAGGAGCUGGACAUGGAGGUAGAAAACAUGGAGAACAUUCCUUUGGACCCUGCAUCCACCAGGCAGCCCUGUGCUGCCGCUGCCCCCUCAUCAGGAUGUACAGGAGGCACGCCGCCUCCUUCUACCCAGCAGUUAUCCCCCAUGCAAGGCCCAAGUACUCCAUUAUUGGGACCUGUGCCACCCUCCUCCCCGGGGCAGGUUGCCUCGGCCUUGGCGUCUCCAAGCCUAGCCUUGGACAAGCACUCAGGACAUGUUUCGGCCAACGGGCCUGUGGUGGUGCUGCGGCCCAACUUUGACGAGAUGCAACCCUAUGCACACAUGAAUGGGGGCAGAAAGAACGAGCGGGCGUUACCACUGCCCCAGUCGUCGGCCUGCUGAUAUCAGACCAGCCCCUCCUCCUUCACCUCCUCUCACACAGGGUAACACAAACCUCUCCUCCAUCACUUUAGGAGGGAUGGAUGAGGUAAGAAAUGACUCUCUUCUACUGUGUGCCAGUAGAUGGUAUGUCCACUCCUCAAAGGUCAAACACAAAGUCUAAAAACUGAAAAACAGCACAGACACUUGUUGAAGACUUUGGAGUUUGGUUGCUCAGACACUGGGGAACUCCUUCAUGUGCAGCCUGUACUUCAGUUUGUUACAGAAGUCCUUCAUAAAGGAAACACGAUACAGGCAUGUGUCCUGAUUUACAGAUUAUGAAAUGAAAAUCAUUUUUUAGCAUAUCUGCCAGCAAUCCAACAGAAGAGCACUUUUUUCCUGAUGAUUUCAGAGAGGAUGUUGUGGAUAUCUGAGUGUGUAUUUAUACAAACACGUGAUUCUCUCUAUAUUAUGGUAUAGCUCCAUUUCUAAAUGACUUUCCAUCAAAAUGACUUGUUUGCAUGGGCGGACUGGCUCAUGUCAUGUGAGGAUGCCUCUUAUCAUUGUUUCAUUUUUCCUGUUGAUAUUUCUAUGGGUGUAGAUCCUGUCAGGAGCGUGUCAAAAUGGAAGAAGAGGGCCUAUUGUGUAUCUGCCAAACUAUUGCCAAAUCAAGUCAUUUCUUCACCUUCACACAGGUCUACCUUCUUGUUUAAGGCUGUGAUUCAGAGUUGAGAUAAGUCUGCAAAAUAAUACCAGAAAUGUAUUCAGACUUCAUGCUUCUUUUUAUUGCUGCUCCUGGAGCAGUUAUGUGGGGUCAUAACAAGACAGAAUACUGUGUUACUGUUGAGAUCGGCUGCUUUCACACCUGCAGUCAAGGUUUUCUCAGAAUUUGCAGCGUCUGCUUUGGGUGUGUAAUAAAUCUAGCAAGCCUAAUGAUAUUUUGAGGAAAAACACUGAACUAAACUAAAAUGUAAAGUUAAUGUUUCUUUUCAAAUCAAAUGACACUAUCAGUAUCUUAAGAUGAUUAUUUGUACAAACAACUGGGUUCUUGAUAAUAACCAACAGUUAUUAAACAUUAUGUAGUUAAGUAACCACUAGCCCGUCGAUACCAUUACAUGAUGACAACAAGAUAUUUAGAUAUACAAAUGUACCAGUUUAAAAUCCAUAUUUGUGGCAUAAAGCAUAAUUAUUCUGGGAAUUAUGAUCAACUGUGUACAUUGGACACCCAAAUAAUAACAAGUGAAAUGCAGCAGAAAUGGGCAUUCUUCAUAUACCAAAUAGUUGAUCAAAUAAUUGACAAGAAAAUAAUCAUUCAUUGCGGCCCUAUGGUUUCCAUAUAAUAACAUUUGAAAAGCCAGCAAGCUGUUGCUGGUGAUGGGCUUACCAAAAUGUUCUGUUGCACCACCAGUCCAUCCAGACUAAAACGCUCCACUUCAUCGCUUCCAUCUUUUGAACAUCUGAGGUGAAGUACAACUCUGAAUCACGGCCUCAGUCUGUCUUCGUUUUAAUAAAAACAAAACAUCAAGACAUCAUACAAUAAGUCUCACACUGCAAAUCACUGAAUUUCACUAUCAGGGGAUACGACUCUGCCUCCACUUUCACUUAUUCAAACUUUAUCUGACAGCGUGAAUUUCAUGUGGGAGGUUAACUGCUGUUCAAAUUAAAUGGCACCACAUACACCACAACAAACAAACAGAGUCGCAAACCUGAGACAGAAAACAAGAAGGUGUUGGAUCGGAUUUCAGAAGCCUAGAGACAACUUUACACACAGCAGGUCUCUUGGGAUAGUCAUUAGUUUCUGUACAUUUCAAACACAUAUAAAGGUCUUACAGUUGUAUUUUAGACUGCAGGAUUGUUUUUAUACACAUCAUUGGUUUUGUCACUUUUUUAAACCUUUUUACGGUUCAAAAUGUUUGCCUCUAUGUCUGUACAGAACAAAGCUGCUAUUUUAUUCUUUUUCUCUUUUGGAUGAUAUAUAUAUAUAUAUAUUAUAUAUAUAUAUAUAUAUAUAUAUAUUAAGAAAUCCUUCAGGUUUGGUAUUUUAUGAUCUCCACUACAGUCCAUUUCUACUACAGUUCAAUAUCUUUGAACUCUGUUUAAAAAAUUUAAAUAAAACAACAAAAAAAUAAGAUGAUUUAGAUAAAACCAUUUUUUUCUGUUGCCCAAAAGGUUUUCUGUAACACUAUAUUUAGCUCAUUGCUUUUUAUUUUUAUGAAAUAUUUCCUCCUGUAUUUGUUUUGUGGAUGUAUAUUAUUAUUAUUAUUAUUAUUAUUAUUAUUAUAAUUAUUUGGAAUGGACACCUUAGGUCGAUAUGUGAGUGUAUACUCCCUGCACCCUUUUUCUAUGUGUUGUCUAGCACUGCGCCUAGCAUUGCCCUCUAGGUGCAACUCAAUCUCAGGUCAAAGUAAAGGCUUUGCUUUCUCCACACAUUCUCAUGAUCGUCCUCUACUUGUCUCUGCUUGUCCAUCCCCCGUUGUCCUCCCCUCCAUCAUGCUUUGUUGAUUCAAGUAGUGCCCUCUCUCUCCUUCCCGCUGGCCCCUCACUGCCCUCUACUGUAACAUACUGUACCUGCCCCCCCCCCCCAGUACCUCCUUUUUGACGUAAGAAUUAGUUGCAGUUUACAAGUUAUUUACUUUACUAUACCAGAUCUGGUAUUUUAACCCAUCCAUUUCCUGCCUCUCCUUGACUCAAUAGGGCUAAUUGGGUUAUCUUGUUUACCUUAGUUAUGCCAACCAUCUCUCGACCAUUUAAAAUUACAUUAAAAUUAUUUUCUUUUUUUCCCCCUCUUUAUUACAUCAGCACUCAAGUGCAAUACAACCCCACUUCUGCUAAUGUUACUUCUUCAAUGUGAUAACAGUUCUUAUUGUUUGUCUUCACAAUCACUGCUUCUGAAAACCAAAUAAAGGAUGGGUUAAAAGUCCAGGGAAGGGAACACAUUUCAAUCAUGGAAAAGGUCUUAAAAUGGAGACUGGGUAGUCAAGGUGUUUUGAGGGAUUUCUCCUCAAAUUUUGGAAAUGCUGCCUGGUGAUUAUUAUACCCCCCCUCCCCCUUUUCUUUGAAGUUUUUUUUCCUGUAGGAGUGUAAUUUAUUUAUUUUUUUUAAUUUUCCUUUUGUGAUAUCAGUUUAAAUCACUGUAUUCAUGCCCCAUGAUUCAGUAUAAAGUUGGAUUUUUUUUGUAUGUAUUUUCUUUGGUGUCAUGACUGGGGGACUUAAAAACUUUUUUUUUUCUCCUUCAAGUAUAUAUCUACCUCACUCUUUUUAAAUAUAUGUAUGCGAAUGGAAAAAAAGUACAUCUCACGCUUUCUCAUCAGUUUAGAAACCUCAUUAUCUGGAUAAAACCCACAGGGAUCUAGAUUAACCUCACAAAGCGGACUAGGAAAGGAGAUGGAAUAUUUGUGUGGAGGUUUUAGGUGUGGUAAGUUCACUAGCCCACUAAUUGCUGGCCCACUAAAUUACAAAAAGUAAAUUUAUACCUCAGAGAAUGCUAAGGAAAGGACUGCUUGUAGCAGCCUUCAGUACCGUGUGGUUUUGUUCUCUGCAGAAUCACUUAAAUUUGUUGUUGGGUAUUUAUGUGAGAAAAUAUUACAGAAUUAUAGCAACCUACACAAUAAUUUCACUUAAUAGUUUACAUUACAACUAGGCUUAGAGUAGGCGUGGCGCGAGACAUAAGACGAGAGGCCAGUGCAUCAUCAGCAUCAACAUCAGACAUUCCAUCUCCACUGACUCCCAACAUAUUGUCACAACGUCAAAUCCUCAAAAGACAGAAACCUUCCUUUUCUCACCUAAAAUGCAUUUAUAUAGAAGUUUAAGCAGUUAUAAUGGGGAAUAUUUAAAAAAGGGAAAAUAUUUUUAUUGACCUCCAAGAAAAACAACACACAAUGUAUUUGCUGUCUACCUGCAGGUUGUACUGCUGCAAGGUUGCAGCACAACCCCACAUCUCACAGCUUCAGUAUAUUCCAAACAGAGGUCAUUCACACUUUCAAAAUACAUUCGGUUAUGUGUAGAUCAGUACUGUGAAUGUAACAAGAACUUUUCCGUACUUUCUACACAAAACCUUUAUAGAGUUAGCAGCAACUCCACCACCUACAUGUUUCGGCCUUCAGUCCUAAAUGGGCAAUUUUCAAUCGUUCAUCAGUCAAUGUUGGAUUCGAUUUCAGAGUUUCUUUUUUUACCCUGUAAACUAUGUGUUUUUGUGAACGGCAUCAUUUCCCCUGUCCAAGUCUACCUGCUGAAUGCCAUGUCGUUCUAGCUCUAGUGAUAGCUAAUCUCCACUGUCGUCAGGGUGAGUCUCUUAGUGACCAUUUUCUGGCUUUUUGAUCAUCUGAAAGUGAACUGAACACUCCUGAUGUACUGCUACUUACACUAAUGCUGCUGGUUCAAACAGUCACCUCAGUGGAUCUUAUAUUGUCAUCAAAAAUGUGGCGUGUGAAGGAGCUUUUACAGUGGCAACUUAGCGACUGCUGUCUCAGUGCAAGGGCCUCUGGGCUGAAGGCGUAUAAAAUCAUUUGAUAUAAAAUGCGUGUUGAAAUUAAUACCUAAAAGCAAUAAUAAAACGAGUAUUUGAAUAUUAUAAAUAGGCCACUAGUUAACUUCUAAUGUGAAAUCUGGGUGCUCAAUCUAGGUUCUUCUUAAGCAUUUUUUCUGUGCAUGAUUUAAGAGAAUAACAGAGUGAACGAUCUUUUGGUUGAAAAACAGUCUGGUUGCUGCUGAAUAUCACAAUGUAACAGAAAUCACCACUGACAAGCAAACAGCUUGUGUAGUUACUUAACAUAUCUGUGCGUUUAUUUUUAUUUUUCUCCGUUGGAUGUAUGUAAUGAUAAAAUACAUACAACAUUUAAUGAUAUAUUUCAACUUUUCAAUUCUGAGAGUAGACAUUACAUUGCCCUGUUGUGAGGUGAAUUAAUGCUGAACACGUGGACAUGUAUAGGACAGGGAUGUUGCGUAGAUUACGGGUAGUCAUGGUAAAGAGUAAAGAACAUGAUUAGAAAAAGAGGAUAGGCCGAAGUUUACAGCUUCACGCUAGUUGCUUUUAUUGCAUUACCAGAUUGCUGCGUAAAUAUACAGUAGCUAACUAAAAAAAAUACAUUCAACUUAGUCAUAUUUAUCACCUUAAUUCUUCAGAAUGUUCUUCAUGCAAACCUCAGGUUCAUGGAGGAUGCGUCAGUGCAUUCAAACUGCAAUAAUAAGUUUGAGGUUUAUCAUUGUCAUGCCUCUGUUUUUAGUUUUAUUUGCAUUCCUAUACCUUCUGAGGGGGCCUUGGUCUACUACUUUUAUUUUAUUACAAUACUUUCACAAGAUCUCUGUGUUCAUUACGUGAUUGGGGAAAGAAAUAAUCAAAAAAAAAAAAAAAAAAAAAA